GGGGCGGCUGGCGGGCCGCGGGCGGGCGGGCGGCGGGGCCGGGCCGGGGCCGGGGCCGGCCACGAUGCCCCGGCGCAAGCAGAGCCACCCGCAGCCGGUGAAGGCGGACGCCGAGGACGGCCCCGAGGAGACGGCGGGAGCGGCGCUGGUGCUGCCCGGCGACCUGCUGCUGGGCCGCGGCCUGGCCUGCGAGAAGGGACCGCCAGCAGAGGCCCUGGUGGGGAAGAUCGCCAUCCCGGCGUACACGCUGAGCGACGACGACUGCUCCUCUGGGUACCAGCAGCUGAGCGUGGAGAGCGACCCUGAGGAGGGCGGUGAGCCCGGCCCCGCGGCGCUGCCCUGCCGCCAGUGCGGGCUGCAGCUGGCCGCCAGCCUGGGGCAGAGCUGCAUGCAGUGUGCCGGCACCGAGGGCAGCCGCAACCAGCGCAUUGUCUACUCCUGCCAGCUCUGCCCCUUCGCCUCCCACUACUCCAGCCACCUCAAGCGCCACAUGAAGACACACAACGGGGAGAAGCCGUUCGCAUGCCCGCAGUGUGCCUACGCCUCGGCCCAGCUGGUGAACCUGACCCGCCACCUGCGCACACACACGGGGGAGAAGCCCUACCGCUGCACGGGCUGCAGCUUUGCCUGCAGCAGCCUGGGCAACCUCAAACGCCACGAGCGGGUCCACAGCCAGGACAAGCCCUUCCAGUGUGCCGCCUGCGACUACCGCUGCAACCAGAGCCGCAACCUGAAGCGGCACAUGCUCAGCCACCGCCUGCCUGAAGGUGAAGGGCCACACCAGCAGGACAAGGAUCCAGAGCCGCUGCUGCCGGAGCUGAACCUGCACAUGGGUAGCGGUACCGGCCCCUUCCUGCCCGGCUGCGCUCGGCUGCGGGGCGAGGAGUCGGCCGCGCUGCCCGAGCUGCUCUUUCCCUUCACAUGCCGCAUGUGCGGGCUGGUGCUGGAUGAUGGGUUCGCGCAGGACGAGGGCCUGGCCGAGCAGGUCUGUGGCCGCUGCAGCCUGGCGGUGCUGGGCACUGAACCGGGCUCCAGCCCCCGCAAAGGCACUGGGGACAAAGGCUUUGCCUGCAGCCUCUGCCCCUUUGUCACUCACUACCCCAACCACUUGGCACGGCACAUGAAGACGCACAGCGGGGAGAAGCCGUUUGCCUGCCCGCUCUGCCCCUAUGCCUCCGCCCACCUCGACAACCUGAAGCGGCACCAGCGCGUGCACACGGGCGAGAAGCCCUACAAGUGCCAGCUCUGCGACUACGCCUGCGGCAACCUGGCCAACCUCAAGCGCCAUGGGCGCAUCCACUCGGGUGACAAGCCCUUCCAGUGCAGCCUCUGCAGCUACAGCUGCAACCAGAGCAUGAACCUGAAGCGACACAUGCUGCGGCACACGGGUGAGAAGCCCUUCCAGUGCCGGGACUGCUCCUACACCACUGGCCACUGGGACAACUACAAGCGUCACCAGAAGAUCCAUGGCCACACGGCUGAGAGCUGGGUCAACCCACGCAAUGCCAAAGCCCUCCUGGCACCUCCUGCCGUGGGCACAGCCCUGCCCUGAGACAGCACUUAGCCCGGCUGCAGGGGCUCGGCCCCGCGCCGGGCCCUGGGGGUGCCUCGGUCAUGGGGCCUCCCAGCCCCUUGCCGUCUGUGGCCCCUACCCUCCCUGGGGGAGAAGAUGGGCAGCAAACUCUGCGGGGGCUCAGGGCUGCCUUAAGCAGGGCCAGCAGCCGUGCCAGGGUCUCCUGCAGCCCUAUCCUUCCUGGGCAGGGCGAAGCCACGACCAGCGGUUCUGCCAGGCGUGGGUGCCUGCCCCAGCUGCGGCGGUGCCGUGCCCCCAGGCACUGUGCGGAGCGGCACCUGCCUGUUCCUGCCUGCCAGAGCCUUCCUCUGCCAGAGCCCGGGGAAAGGGGGGAGGGGGGAACAGGACUGGUUCCGUGGCUGUUGCCAUGCCAGUCAGUGUAAUUUAUAUUGUGUAUAAAAGCAUUAAACAGUC